AUUUUCACAAACGCUCAUUUGGGAAGUGCACGAGAACCGUAUUUGGUGCAUAAGUGCAGAGGCGUUGUCUCCGACUUGCGUUUUUGUCCAUAUGAAGAUGUUCUUGGAGUGGGUCAUCAGGGUGGAUUUACUUCUCUGCUUGUACCAGGUUGUGGUGAGGCAAAUUUCAAUGCAUUACGAGCGAAUCCGUACGAGUCGAAGACGCAACGACGUGAGCGAGAAGUGAAACAAUUGCUCGAUAAAAUACAACCAGAAUUGAUCACACUGGAUACGUCAGCAAUUGCGCAGGUGAAUACAAAUUUGAUGGAAGAGGAGAAUGAGCGGUUGAAGACCAUUUUGUACGUGAGGCCAAGAGAUGUAAAAUUCCAACCGAAACACCGCAAGAAAGGCCGAAGUGGUGCCGUUAAAAAGGAACAACGCAAACAAGGAGUGCAGUCUGAGAUGCGAUUCGCGAUUAACGAAGAAAGGAAAGAAGCUGAGGCGAAAUUAUUUGGCACGAAAGAAACGAAACACGAGGACGAUAAUGCACCGAAGUCGGUAUUGGAUCGCUUCAAAAGGAAAGAUGUUUGA